CUCUCACAUCACACAAACAGAUACAACCACAUAAAUAUUUCCAUGUGUUUUUUUCUAAGAAAAUUAUAAUUAUAGUCUAUCGAUUCACCCAAAAAAAAAAAAAAAAAAAACAUGAGGAUCUCGGUCGUGGUUGGUGUGUGCGUGUUUCUAUGCAUAUUGAAGAGUUGUGUCUCGGAGUUUCCGAGGUUCGAGCAUCGUUCGACCAAGGAAGAUGGCUCUCUUAGCUUUCUCGUUGUCGGAGAUUGGGGACGCAAGGGACAGUUCAAUCAAUCUCGUGUCGCUGAUCAGAUGGGGAGGGUGGGAAGCGAGCUAGACAUAGAUUUUGUGAUAUCAACGGGAGAUAACUUCUACGACGAGGGCUUAACCGGAGUCAACGACACUGCCUUCGAAGAAUCCUUCACCCGCGUCUACACCCAUCCAAGCCUCCAGAAACAGUGGUAUACUGUGUUGGGAAAUCACGAUUACAUGGGAGAUGCGGGGGCGCAGCUUAGCGAUGUUCUUGCCAAAAAAGACAAGAGAUGGUUUUGUCGUAGAUCUUUCGUUUUGGCUACGGCCAAAGGGUUGGUCGAAUUUUUCUUCGUGGACACAACUCCCUUUGUGGACAAGUACUUCACAGACCCAGGAGACCAUACUUUUGAUUGGACCCAAGUCUUGCCGAGAAAACAAUAUCUCUCAAACGUCUUACAUGAUUUAGAAAUGGGUUUGAAAAAGUCACGUGCCACGUGGAAAAUCGUCGUGGGGCAUCACGCGAUCCAGAGCGCCGGCUAUCACGGUGUAACCCAGGAGCUCGUGGAUCAAAUUCUUCCCAUUCUUGAGGCGAAUAACGUGGACAUGUACGUAAAUGGGCAUGAUCAUUGCCUCCAACACAUAAUGAGCUCCAAGAACAAAAUGCCAUUUUUGACGAGCGGGGGAGGAUCAAAGGCGUGGAAAGGAAGCACAAAGCAAUGGGAUCCGACAGAAAUGAAGCUAUACUAUGACGGGCAAGGCUUCGUGUCGUUCGAAAUCACUCACUCGAAUGCUAAAUUUGUGUACUAUGACGUCGACGGCAAAGUUCUUCAUGAAUGGACCUUGUCCAAAGACAGCGACUCCAAGAAGAAACUCUAAUCACUCAAUGUUAUUUUUAUGCAUCUGUUGAAUAAAUUCUAUGUGUGUUCGUUUUCCAUU